AUGACUUGCAAUCCACUCUGGCCUGAGAUUGUAGCUAAUUUACCUACCGGUCAAUAUGCAUCAGAUAGACCUGAUUUAACAACUAGAGUAUUCCGUGCUAAAUUUGAAGAGUUGAAAGAAUAUACAUUUAACAAGAAUGUACUAGGAAGAGUAGAUGUUCAUGUUCACGUUAUUCAGUCUCAGAAAAAAGGUCUACCUCAUGUCAAUAUGUUGAUCAUAUUGGAAAAACAAGACAAGUUACAAGCUCCUGAUGAUUAUGAUCGUAUAGUUAGAGCAGAAAUCCCUGAUAAGAAGAAAGAGCCCGAAUUGUAUAAGUGUGUGAAAAAAUGGAUGAUUCAUGGUCCGUGUGGCAGCAAGUGCAUGAGGGAAUGGAAGUGCAAGAGAGGGUUUCCGAAACAAUUUUAUGAAUGCACCGUGCAAGGAAAAGAUGCUUACCCAGUCUACCAGAGGAGAUAUGAUGGAAAUACUACACAAAUGAGUAAGAACUUCAUAGCGGAUAAUAGAUUUUUGGUGCCUUACAAUCCUUGGCUUCUCCAGAAUUACGAUUUCCACAUCAAUGUAGAAGUUUGUUCCACUGUCCAAAGUGUUAAGUAUAUUUACAAGUACGUCUACAAGGGCCCAGAUUGUAUUACCUUUCAAGUGCAACCAGUGCAUCCAGAAUCCGAGAAUAACGAGGUAACACGUUAUAUCAAUGUAAGAUGGGUGUGUGCUCAAGAGGCAAUGUAA